ACAUAUGGAAUCAAAAGUACUUGGUAGGUCAUGUACCUCACCAUUAUUGACAAUUUAAGUCAAUGAAACUCUCAUCCACCUCCCUCACUCUUUCCAUCCGACCCAACCCAUAAAAAAAUAGAUAGGGGAGCUCUGCAACUCAUCAUCCCCAUAGCCAUAACCGAGCUCAAGGUUGGAGGAGGUUCAAAGGUGAAGAAAAGCUUGGAAAAGAAGAGAAAAACUUAGAAAAAUCAAGAGGCGUAGAGUGAGGAUUUGGAAGGUUAAGUUUAACCAUAAACGGAGUUAUGACCGGAGUAAGACCGGUUUGCCGGAAAACACCUUCUCGGAAGGUUUUGAUGUCCACUUUUGGUUGUGAAACCUUGUUAGGAAUUUUACCAAACUAUUCUAGACUUCUCAAGGAAUCUAGGAGUGGCCGGAAAAGUCGCCGGAGCCGCCGGAGUUUUUGCCGGAAAAUUCAAAAGUCGCCGGAGUUCGAACAAAGAAGAUCUUGCUAGCGUCAUUUCAAGAGUCAACAAACUGAAAUGAAUGAGGAAGUGGGACUGUGGCACUUGAGCUGUUCUACAAUGGUUUUGGUCAAAGUUUUGGAUUUGGCUAAUUAUUUUGGGAUGAAGAAAAAUGGCACCUGAGCAGAAAUUUCUUUCUGAUGUGACUCUUCAACUCCCACGCAAUUCGGCCUUUUUGUUUCGUGUAAGGAGAAAGUGGACUGUGAAAGAUCAGAACAUGCGCUUGGGUUCCCGCGUUUGUGAAUUAGUUUUGAUGGAUGAAAAGCGUGAUCAAAUUCAAGCAACGGUCCCUCUCCACUUGAUCCCCCAGUUUGAAGAUCAAAUUGAAGAAGGGAACCUAUAUGCCAUGCUCAACUUUUCUGUCAAGGAGAAUCAAGGGGGUUGGAGAGCAACAUCCCAUCCAUUCCGUUUGAUGUUCACCGAAAAAACAAAAGUCAUGCUUCAGACAAAUGAAAAACAUCAUGAAUUUCCAAAGAGCAUUUAUAAUAUCAUAGCCUAUGCAGAUAUUACCCAUUCCCCAGAUGUUGAAGCGCCCGAUUUGAUUGAUGUUAUUGGUGCAUACAAUCCCGAUGAAAAACCAACCAAACCAAGUGAUGGGAAAGGCUCCUGGUGUCGAUUUCCGUUGGUCAAUCUAGAGAACACCAAAAUAACAUGCACACUAUGGAAUGAGUAUUCAGCGCAAUUUCUGGAUUUUAUUAACACAACUAGGCAUGAUCCCAUUAUUGUGCUACUGCAGUUUUGUCGGAUAAAUACGCGUUAUGUCGGUGGUACGAAGGGUGUGUCGUCUGCAUGGCAGUUUACAAAGUUACUAAUUGAUGAGAACAUCCCUGAGAUUGAAGACUUUCGAAGCCGGUAUACGGUCGCCGUUCAUCAAGCAACACCAUCAAGUACUUUUGUUUCUAAAUCAUCUACUGCAUCUCUUACUAAUGGUGAGGAGAUCGGCUUUACCAAAUCACUUUCAGAGUUAUCCACUAUGAAGGAGCAGGUCCGAGGAUGCUGGUUCUAUGGCGUGAUACAUGCAAUAUUUUCUUCACGAAAUUGGGCUUAUUUUGGUUGUAGUGAUGCAAAGUGUUGCAAGAAACUGCGUGAAGAAGAUGUAGUGUGCAGCAAGUGCGGUAGAAGUAAAGAUGAGGGUGUUUGGCGAUACACUUUGAAAAUGAAAGUCAGACAUGGGACAACUUUUGCAGAUGUAAUGUUCUGGGAUGAGGAGGCCCGGCUACUACUUGGAAAGGCUGCAGGAGAUUUUUACGAACACCUCGAUGUGGCAACACUUAGACCUAUCAGCUGCCCUGAAGUCAUAUCUGAAUUGAUCGGACGCGAAUAUCUAUUCAAAAUCAAGUCUGCCAACACAAACUCCAACUAUGGUGAACAGGUUUAUGUAAUAGGCAUGAUAUCGAGCGAUAAAGAAAAAAUAAAACAGUUCAAGAUGGCAGCAGGCAGUGAAGAAACGAGUUCUGAGGCGUACAAUUCUGAUGAAGACUUGGAAUUGCUUUUUGAAUCUGUGCCGACAGGGGACUCCAAUGUGGUUAUUUCAGACACUGAAACUGAUGAGAAAGGAACUCCAAAAUCAAUUGGACGCGGCCGAGAAUCGGAUGAAGCAGUCACUGGUGAUGUCAACGGCGAAACACAGGGCUCAAGCAACAAGAAACUUAAGGUCGUGAAGAUCGAAAAGCCAUGAUUUUGAAUAAUUAUUUGCUAUUGAAAUUCAGAACUGCCUUUUAUACUUUCGUUCACGUAUUGUUUCAUGCAUUUUAUUAUCUUAGGCUUCUCAAUACUAUUCAAUUUCCUUUAAUAUGUUAUGGGUGUGAAUUAUUACAUUUGGAUUAUACUUACUCAUAACUGGGUAAUAAUGUAAUAUGUUAUAAUUUCAGUUUUUGCUAUUCAUAUGGGUUUUUUCAAGUAUUGGUUUCAUUU